GAGCUGAUGCGUCUGCGCUUGAAGAUCUUGACGUCCUUCUUCAAGCUUAUCGUUCAUGUGAUGCUGGUUCUAGUCUUAUUCUUCACCUUUGACUUGUUCCGUGCACCUUGCCUGCAAUCGGCGACAUGGUGGGUCAUCGGCGUACUUGGAUAUUUGUUGAUGUUCGGGCUUAUCAGCACAAAGCGGCCUCUCGCAUCUUCGCUGCUUGUCCCUUUGCGGCUACUCCUCUGGGUACGACUUUUGCUUCUCGUGUGGGUGAGUGGCUCCGACCAGAGUCAGAGUGGCGUAUUGGGGCGGCACGGCUUAUGCCAGGGAAGUCACAUUCUACAGACACUCUUCUUUCCCCUCGGCGGAAUGACCAUAUUGCAGACCGUAUCCUACUUUGCUGUCGACACCUGGGUCAAGGGGCAGGUCUUCGGCCCAAAUCCGUGGCUGAUAAUGUCUGCAUGUGCCCAGUCUUUCGCAUACCUGGCCAUACCACUCUUUUUCGAGUUCGCUGUUCGGGAAUGGAUUGCGGCAUCGUUUCAGUCGCAAGACUCGGACUCCUUGAUUGCGGGCUUUCGGCGGAUGCUGAAGGGGAUCUGUGAUGGAGAGCUGCUACUGGACGGCAACUUCCAGAUCUGCGGCACAGCGCCGUGCCUGCAACGACUCCUGUCAAGCAGCGAGGACUUUGCCGGACGCAGCUUUCCGGACCUUUUGGUCGAUGAUGACGCGAGGAAACUGCUCAAUGACUUCCUGGCACCGGCCGCAGCCACGAGCGAUGCGGACGAAGGCGCAGAGGGCGGCAAGCGCUUGCCAUCCGGCGAAGGCGCAGCCCCGCGCUGCCUGCGCGUGCCUCUGCGGGCCCCUUCGGGCCAAGCGAUUUCGGUG